GGGGUAAUAGAGGCGAUGGACAUGCCAGAGGAUGAGUCGUUGUUAAAGAACCGGACUGAACACGGGCCGGAGCUGAGUCAGGAGGCAGCGCGUCCUGCAUGGGCAGUCACGGCGCUGGCCAGUGUUCUGAUCUUCACCACUGUGGUGGAUGUGCUGGGGAACCUGCUGGUCAUUGUGUCCGUGCUUAGAAACCGUAAACUCCGAAAUGCGGGAAAUGUCUUUGUGGUGAGCCUGGCCUUUGCUGACUUGGUAGUUGCAUUCUACCCCUACCCUCUGGUGUUGUACGCUCUCUUUCAUGAUGGCUGGUCACUGGGUGAGACCCAGUGCAAGGUAAGUGGCUUCCUGAUGGGCUUGAGCGUCAUUGGCUCCAUCUUCAACAUCACAGGCAUCGCCAUCAAUCGUUACUGUUACAUUUGCCACAGCUUCAGCUACGACAAGCUGUACAGCUACCGCAACACGCUGCUGUUGGUCUCACUCAUCUGGCUCCUGACAGUGGUAGCUAUCGUGCCCAACUUCUUUGUUGGCUCGCUGCAGUAUGACCCACGUGUGUACUCAUGCACAUUUGCACAGACAGUCAGCACGUCCUACACCAUCACAGUGGUGGUCAUCCAUUUCUUCGUGCCCAUUGCUGUUGUCACCUUUUGCUACUUGCGCAUCUGGAUCCUAGUUAUCCAAGUGCGGCGGAGAGUAAAGUCAGAGGUGCGCCCUCGCAUCAAGCCCAGUGACCUGAGGAACUUUAUUACCAUGUUUGUGGUGUUCGUGCUGUUUGCCAUUUGUUGGGCACCACUCAAUUUUAUUGGGCUAGCUGUUGCGAUCAAUCCUGAAGCAGUGGUACCUCGCAUCCCAGAAUGGCUAUUUGUGGUUAGCUACUUCAUGGCUUACUUCAACAGCUGUCUUAAUGCUAUCAUCUAUGGCCUGCUGAACCAAAACUUCCGCAGGGAGUACAAGCGAAUCAUCAUGUCUGUGUGGAUGCCUCACCUCUUCUUCCAGGAGACGUCACGGGGGGGUACUGAGGGUAUGAAGAGUAAACCCUCACCAGGACUCAAUAACAAUGAGCAAGUGAAAGGAGAAACUCUGUGA